AUGAGCUCGAUGGCAUCGUCCUCCUCCCGCUCCGCCGAGAGCAGUCACCGCCGGAUGGAUUCGUCUCCAUCUCCCUCGGUAUCCUCUGUCUACGCGAGCCCGAGGCAAAUAGUGCAAUCUUCCUGGAAUGUUAUCGACCAGCCUCCGCCGCCUAGCCUCAGAGAGAUCCUAGGAGCGUAUCGCAGUCGUGGUGAUGGCGAUCGCGAGAUGCUGCUCGCUAUGCUCUCCGCAAAAAGCGCAGAAGACCAGCGCAUCGCAUCCGUCGCCAAUCUGCAUCAGUCGCUGCUCGAACAGUACAGCGCACCACAUGUCCCCUCGCCAUAUGCGUAUUCGCAACAAAUCCAUCCUUCGUAUCGUCACCAAACGCCGGAGUACGACGUACAUCUGCCGCCUGUGCGCUCGCAUGCGUCCGACCCCGCCUAUCAAACCACGUACGCGCCGCGCUCGCGUGCAAGGCCAUACAGCUCGCCCGACGCGCCAGGCGCCGCUGAGCCAGAGCGUGCCUAUGCCCCUGAACCUUCCCGCAAGCGCGCACGGCCUUCGCCGCCCGUACACUCCGCACAACCAGCGAGUCCCAUGCAAUCGCCCGCAUCGCCAAGCUCAAGUUCUGACGCGUCGCGCUCACCAGGCCGCGGGUCGAUGGCGAUUGACUCGCUUUUGCUUGGCCCGGCACCGGCACGCGCUCAAACCGGCGCUCGUGUUCCAUCGCAGCCUAUACCUGUGCCUAGUAUGCCUGUUGUAGCUGUGUGA